AUCUUCACAUAUACAAGUACAUUGGGAUGUAUCGACAAAUACACUACGAUCUUUAUGAUAGUUCGAGCUACCAAUCGUUUUUAUCGUUUAUAUUUUAUAUUUGUUUCCACAAAUAAUAAUGGAAGAAUAUUCUGAGAUAAGUGCAAAGAAUUUAAAGAAGCAAGAAAAAUUUCUGUCAACUGGCUGCUCUAAAAUAAAUAAAAUAUUCAAUGGUGGCAUUCCUUGUCAGGGUAUUACACAAAUUUAUGGUGCAGCUGGUACUGGAAAAACCCAAUUAGCUCUUCAGCUGUGUCUUACUGUACAAUUACCUUUAACUGAAGGUGGCUUUGAUGCUGGUGCGAUAUAUAUUUCUACUGAAGCUGCUUUUCCGGCAAAACGAUUACAUGAAUUAAUUCAAAAUUUAGAUAUCAUUCAAAAAUAUGAUAAUAUAAAUGGUGAUAUCAUAUUUGUGGAACACAUUGCAACUAUUGAAGACUUAGAGUCAUCUUUGCUUCAUAAAGUGCCAGUAUUAUUAAAUAGACAAAAAAUACGUCUACUAAUUAUUGAUUCUAUAGCUGCACCAUAUAGAGUGGAAGAAUGGAAUAGUGAAUCAAGAAAUAGAUCUAAAAGUCUAAGAAUUGUGGGACAGCAGCUACAUAAAUUAUGUAAAAAUAAUGGUAUUUUUAUAGUUUGUAUCAAUCAGGUAUCAGCAGUUUUAGAAAAUAAGAACAAAUAUUGUGACAUUAAAGAACAACCUGCUUUAGGAAUCACAUGGUCAAGCAUGAUAACUAAUUCUAUAUAUUUUUAUAGAAAAGACUCUAUUCGUUAUGCUUCUACCUUUUUAUCACCUUAUUUGCCAUGUAAAACCAUACAAUUUGAGAUAAAUACGUCUGGAAUUAAAGGAAUAGAAUAAUGUAUAUAAUAGUGGAAUCUUAACAUAUGAUGUAAAAUUUCAGAUUUUUUAUUGUGCAAGUUCAUGAAUUUCAGAAAAUAUAUUUUCAUCUAAUGUUCUAAUAAUA